AUUAUUUGGGAAGAUAAUGAUCGACUAUUAUAAAUCCGUUACAGGUACCCAUGUAUUAGAUUUAUAACACAGUCGAGGACUGGCUCUGGAGUAACAAUGCGUGUGGUAGUAUUUUUAGUGACAUGGUGUUUCUCAUUUCCCAGUAUAUUGACAGAAAUUAACAUUUACAAUACUGACCUUGGCGAUAUCCAUUACACCGGGGAGAUUGGCCACGAGCCGCUGAAGUAUACGCCCCUAUCUACCCAAGAUCAAUUAGCUAGUGAGAAGGCGGCAGAUGUAAUGGACUUCAUACAGCUUAUACCAAAAAUUGAUCCAUUGGAGCUGGCCAUGCUACCGCCGAUUGGCAUUGACGUACCUUACCUCUUCCUAAAAGGUAAAGUUUUCUUAAAGAACUUCGUUAUGUCUGGAGUGAAGCAGUUUGAGCUGCGCAAAAUGGAGCUGCGUAUGAUCAAUCUCCGGUCGGAUGUAAACAUUAAUUUGCCUUUGAUAUCCAUCGCAGGUGACUUUUACCUGCAGGCAUAUUUAACUUUUGUACCUUUAUAUCUCAAGUGUCAUAUAAGUGCAGAUCUUCAUAAUGUGAACGUGGUGGCAACGACGGGGGGCAAAAAGAUACGGUCACCAAACACAGGCGAGGUGGUGCUGCAAGUCAAUAGCAUUCACGUCGCAGUCGAUAUACAAAAUGUCAAGGUCAAUAUAACUGAUGUGGAGACGAACGCACCUGAAGAAGAAACAGGUCCAAUAGUUAUGCAGCUGUUCAGCAACAGUCGCCGUAAUUCUGAAAGCAGAACGUUUGACAAAAUUCUCGGCAUCGGGCUAGGAAUAGUCAACCAAGAACUUUUGAAUAUACCAUUCGAAGUAUUUGAACAAUAUCUGACAACUGAUACUUAUAAAUAAUCGAACAAAUAAUUUAAUCGGGGAUUAUUACGGUGGACAUAGUUUAUCUAGCAUCGGUAAUAUGAGCAAUGUACCUAUUAAAUUGUCUACAUUCCAUAAAGUAAGUAAUUAAUAGUUCAAAUAAUUGUGUGUGA